AGUUUUCUGUGAGGCGAAUGGGAAGCGACUUUGAUCACGCGACCAACACAGAGCUCGUUCCGAAACUGACAUUUAGGAGCCAGAUUGACACCAGGAAACAGUUCGGUUUUAUACAACUGAUAUAAGAUUACCUCAAAUUUUAUGUUUAAAACCACACUCGAUCGAGUUUUAUCGAGUUUUUGUACUAGAUUUAGCUUGAUUAGCUCGCGUGACGUCAGGUUGAAGUAUCGCGACAGAGCAUCGACGUGAACUCGUGCUAGCAGUUUUUUUUUUAGCCUGCCCAAAACCUUAAACACACUGACACUCACUGGAGUUUUGUUCAUUGUUUAUUUUUAAGGCUUAAUAAUAAAGAGAAGUGCUACAAAGCUAUGUUUAUGAAUGUGUAACAAGACAUCUUAAAACAUUCGUAAGUCUAAUAUAGAGAGAAAAGACGGCUUAUUGUUGCUAUUGUGAGGUAUUUGAUAGCUAACGUUCAUGUUUUUCUAACGCAGGGAGAGGCGGGGAACAUAACACAUACACACACAUAUAUACACACACUGCCUUAGUUUUUGGAUGCAGUCGCUUUACACGGACAAUUCUUUGGGAAAUCUGAUUCUUCAGCCUGGAUUUCACUUUCCUGAGGACGACAGCGAGAUUUCGAGGCAUUACAUGGAUUAUCUGUGUUUCAGAGCUCUGUGUUGUAAAGGGCCGCCCCCUCCCAGAGCGGAGUAUGAUGUAGUGUGUAUCGGACUGACGGGCUCCGGAAAGACCAGUCUACUCUCCAGACUGUGCAGCGAAGCCACAGACACUAUCGUACCUACUACAGGUUUUAGCAUUAAAGCAGUGCCGUUCCAGAACGCCAUCUUAAAUGUCAAAGAGCUGGGAGGAGCUGACUCCAUUAAGAAGUACUGGAGCCGUUACUAUCAGGGCUCUCAGGGCGUGGUGUUUGUGUUAGACAGCGCCUCAUCUGAUGAAGAUCUGGAGGCGGCGCGCACGGAGCUGCACUCGGCCCUGCAGCACCCACAGCUCUGCACCCUGCCCUUCCUCAUCCUCGCCAACCAGCAGGACAAACCGGCAGCACGCACCAUUCACGAGAUCAAGAAAUAUUUUGAGCUGGAACCUUUGGCCCGGGGGAAGAGCUGGUUGCUCGAGGGAAGCACGGUGGACAACAUGGACAGUGUAAAGGAGAGCUUCAGCCAACUCAUCAACCUGCUGGAGGAAAAGGACCAGGAGAUGGGCAGGAUAUGAGCUGGGAGUUUUCUCCCAAUCCCAGCAUCCUCCACUCUGGACAGUACAGAUCUCCACCUCACCACAGGCGAGAGUGUGCGUGCGUGCGUGCGUGCGUGUGUGUAUAUGUGCGUUUGUGUACGUGUGUGUGUUAGUCUGACUCCAACACAGCAGGCUGAGAAGCAUACGGAUUCACACAAGUGGGGUUUAUAUCGUAUAUAUUCGAGGUAUGAUACGUUAUAAGGUUCUUGGCGUUAGUACCACAAGUACCCGACAACCUGACUGUCGAUUCGCGUCGUCAGUAAACACGGUUAUAUGUUAUACAUCCUGUGUAAUACACACCUAGUUGCACAUUGCUACAUAACUUAUAAAGGUAAACACUUUUCCUGGUAUGUAGAAAAACUGGAUAGUUUUUCUUAUGUAGAUUCUUCUUUUCUAUUUAGUGUGUGAAUGUAUACGUGUGUGUGUGUGUGUGUGUGUGUGUGCGAGAUGAACGUUUGUACUUUAAAAGCCUUAAAGUAUGUGAUUAUUUUUUUUUCUCCAACCAAACUACAGUGACUUAUUAAACUAUAAAACAGUCUUAAACAGUCACGGCUGUGAAAGUUACCACUUUAUCCCUAAAACCACCAACUAAAAUUCCAAGAUUCCGAGAAUACCGGAAUUCCUCUGCAUGUCUCUCUGGUGUAAUUGUGGGAAUCGUGCAUUGUUCCGGAGGAUUGUUUGAGGUUUAGUGAUACGUUUCGAUGCUGUUUUUCUGUUGUUGUAGUUUUUUUCUUCUUUUUUUUUUUUUCUUUUACAACCGCAGCAUAUCAAGACGUAUCAAAAUGUUUUGUCUGUCGGAGAUCCGUCGUCUCUCUGUCCCAGUGACUAAUCACGGGGAUGAAUCACCGGAGCGGCGUAGUGCCAGAUACGAUAUCGUGAUCGUAGAAUUAUGAGGUUCUGUUUGAGUUUUCAGAGCAAAGUUUUGACAUUCCGGUUACAGAAAUGUGAAAUGUACAUUGAGCGGCUCAACGACAACUACAUUUUAAUGUAACUUUUAAAUUUGCGUUAUCAAAAAUCCGAGGUAGACUUCUGCGGUGUUGAAUUUUCCGAUUUUUUAUUUUUAUUUCCCCCUCACGAUUUUUAAUCAUCCUGAACCGAUUUCGGGUUUAAGGAGAGUAGGCGAGGGUGUAAUAAUAUUACAUAAACAUAACAGUACUUUUCCGAAAUAACCCUUGUACAAAUCGGCUGUCUGAUCUCCGUGUGUUGUCCACGCGCAAAAGGUCUCUGAGCGUAUUUAAUCACGUUUCAAUCAUCAUGCCCGUUAACUUCAUUCGUAAAUUGCCUGUUUCAUUGAUUUGCCUGUUUCAAAAAUGUCAUCGAUUUAUUAAUUUUUUCGGCUUCGAGUGCCGUCCGUUUCGACAAUUUUCAGCUGAAAUCGAAUAAAUACAGCUAGAUAUAGCUACGUAGAUAUAGUCAACGAUAUACUUUUCUAGUGUUGGCGAAGUCUUGGAUACAUCGAUUAGAUUUUAAAGAUUAAAAAUCCCUCUAUGUGACUGCGAGUAUGAGAGAAGGCGAAGUAUGAGAGAAGGCGUGGCUUCCAGGCAGUGUCCAUUAAUAUCGGAGAGUUCCGGACGCUUGCGCGACCGUCAAUCAUUCCAGAUUCGUACGUCGAUCGGCUCCCGUUUUAUCGGGGAGAAAAAGACGUAUUUUUGAGUGAUGAUUCGUACGAGCGUACUCCGAUGGUACGUUCCGGAGCUCCUACGUGUAAUGCACAAGCGUAAUUUCUGAAUGAUUUUGUAAAAUCGGCGAUUGCAGUAUUGUACGGUAAGUUUUUAUUACUCUACAUCUAAAGAUAAAAGUCACCUUCUCCUCCGAGAGGCUUCGAGUCUUUUGAAAGACAAGACGACAAAGUGAUGAGAUUUCUCAGAUAGAACCUUAAUAAUCCCGAGGUCACGAUGCGUCAACGAAUUCGCCUUCGCUUUUCUACGUCUCGUUAGAUUUCAGUAAAUUUUCUUACUGUUGCCUCUGAUUGUAAAGCGCUCCUAUACUAUUCUCAAACCGUCAGUAGUGCCUCUUGUUUAGAUGGAGUGUCCUUCAUCUAAUCCAUAAUUUUUUUUUUUUUUUUUUUUUUUUUUUAAAAAAAAAAAGCUCCGUCUCCUUUCCCAAUGUCAAACUUGAGUGCCAAUCCAAUCGCUUCCCAAUCCAUGGUGUUAUUCCUGUGCCAUUAAUUAUGCUGUCUCUCUAAAACCAAAAGAAAUCCUGCUUAAGCCCUACUGAAUCCUGGGACAUCUAGACUUUGUAGCAUACAUCCAGCAUUUGUACCACUUGAAAACACUUUAAUUGGCACCUGGCCGAUUUAGCUGCCUUUUUAUAAUUCAUACAAUUUGUACAUUUUGUUACAGAUGAUUCUCGUUUUUAUUUUAGGUUUUGUUCAUUUUAGUUUGUUUUUAUUUUAGUUGUUUUUGAAGGCCAUGUGCCUGUCUUUGUACUGGAACAAAUCUAAAUACAUCUAGAACGUUUUAGACCGUGACGGCCGUGAUGUCGGUCGCAAACUGUUAAUUAUGUGUGUAUAUUUUAUAUAUAUAUAUAUAUAUAUAAUGUAAUUUAUGCAUAAUUUCCACUGAGCAACAUGAACAAUAAACAGCUGAAGUAGGAGAAAGGAUUAGAAUCUGUGAUGUUUGAUGUUUUAUCAUGAAAUGUUGUUAAAGAAAGGUUUGAAAAAUGUUGACGACAACUCGAUUCGAUUCUUGCGGAUGCUUCGUACUGCCACGUUAGUUUUCUUCUUCUUUUUUUUUUCUUUUUUUCUUUCUCUCUCUCUAUUUUUUUGUGGUCAAAUCAGUAGCCCAGGAUAAACAGCUUGAAUGUCCAUGCUGUCUGGUUUGGUUUAUUUUUACCCCGUUUGUUUCUCAGGUAGCGCAACAGAAAAGCGUUUGCUAUAUUUUCCAGAGAUCAGAAAUUCGAAAUCCACAGCCAUCCAUCAUUGAGAGCUAAACCUGGUUGUGCUUUCUGUCGGUCACAGAGACACUAGCCAAUCACGAUCAUCGUUGAGCUCAUGUAUGUGGAAGAGGGCAGAUAGCGCUGUCUUCAGAGAGUGUUACACAGCAUGAGCAGUAUUCAGAAAAUACACUUGGCUUCACGUGUCUCUGAGGAAGUCUUAAAAAAAAAAAAAAAAAAGGUCUACUAUGCUACUUAUCGACUUUUGCAAAAGAGAAAAAAGUUUUCAUUUGCUACGUAUGCUUGUGGAACUAUACUUACGAAUCGCACACGACGUCGGUCAGACGUAGCGGUCGGAUUCAUUCGAGUGCGCUGAAUGACGGACGCUAUUGUAGUCCGCCUUAAGGUCAUCUAUAAUCUAGUGUGCUCCAAAACGACGACGAAAUUCGCAUAUAAAUUUAAAGAUCAAAUGUACAGCCUUUUUCUACCACCAAUACGGAUCAACAAUUUUGAUGACAUCAUUCUGCACUUCAGUUUCUGUCCAAUAAAAUGCUCUCUACAAUCUGAAGUGCCCCGCCCCCGACAUUAUAACAAUCUGUCGAGUACGGCUUAGCCAGUGCUGUGAGGUAAGCUAAAAGCUAUUGGUUAUUUAAAGAGGAGGAAGAGCCGCCACUCGAUAUGCCCCACCCUAACUUCCUGUUUAAGUGGAAAUUACUUCGACACAUCGAACAACGCUUUGUGUUUCAAGGCACUUCACUUCAUGGGGACUUUAAAGAUAUCCAGAGAAAGUAAAGAUGCUAGCCAGGGUCAAAUCAUAUCUUUGCCAACGCACAAGACCAAAACAUUGGCCAGCGAUUUGCUGGCGGCGUAAACACAAUAUAAAACUCUUCUUUCUGUGCGUAUAAGGUAAUCUUAUACACAUUAUGUUUCUCUUGGGUGAGGAAUAACACAUUCAAUCUGGUGCUGUUAUCGGACGUUUAAAUGUGUACAACACUAUACUAAUAAUCUAGAGUUUAGAGGUUGUUUUUUUCAACAUUCAAACGGGCUAAAACUUACUUGAAGAACUCGGCAGUAACUAUAGUAGGUUUUAUUUACGGGUUGUGAUUUCCAGCCGUGGCUAUGCUUGACGUUUCCUCAGAGUCCCCGCACCCCCGACUUUGAGGAGAGGAAUUUACCGCUUUGGGGAUUUACCUUGAACCCAAAAUGGCAUGUUUUAAAAACUUUAGUCUUAAUUACACUACGGGUUCGGAUAUUAACGGAACAAAUCCUUUCACUGACUACAGACACACUAGAAAGCCUCGACGCACUUCCUCUGUCCGUUCUUAGUAUUUAAUGGUCUCAUGAGCUUACGUUUACUGAUUUGUGCCUUGUUCUGUUAAUCUGGGUCAUCCUGAUCUCUCUCGCUGAUGACUCAGAUGGAGGGAACCCUUCGCCUCUAGGCUUCCAGAGCCCUUACUCUCUCAGGAUUUCCUCUCUUGCCGAUGAGUCAUCUACGUUAUGGGCUUUAUCUACUCGGCUUCCUCGGGUAGGCGACACCGCACGCCGUUUCUCUUCAUUACCGUGUAUUUAGCUCGUAAAAUCUGAAGGUUACCGCGCUCUCCAUGCGCUGAUUUAUCGCUAAUUCACAGAGCAAAAUCCGUGGAUCGGCGGCUCAUCUCGAGCGAAAAGCCUUCCGGACGCGUCCUUUUUUUCUGUUCUGUGCUGUCUGUCGGGGGUUUUAUGUGGAAAAUGUGAGCGAGCGUGCGUGCGUGUGCGGGAACUUCUGACCAAGCACGGUCUGUCCAAUAUGCGUUCUCUGGAGGGAAAAUAAUCCCCCAAACAAUACCAUUCGUGUUUUAGGUUCUGAAUAAAUCAAGUUUUUAGUUUUCAUAAGUACGUCAUUCGUCGGCUGUAAAUGUUCAGACGGGAGAAAAUUUUACGCAUCGGGGUUGAUUGGAGAUCCUUCGUCUGACUCUUUAGUCAACCUGCACCGUCAAGCAUCAAGCCUCAGACUAAUAUUAGCAUGCAGACGGAUGAUCACCUGGGAUUAAUCCUUAAACUUGAACCAUGUCUGGAAAAACUUCACAAAGCUGUCAGAAGAUAGAAACUUUAAAUCUAUUCUCUCUCUCUCUCUCUCACACACUCUUCAGUGUCAGUAUGGCAGCCAGAAUUGCGUUAAUCAUCUUAAAAAGGUCUCCUCUUUGCUCUCCAUCACACCUGUACAAUAGGAUGCCGUCAGAGUUUUUUUUUCCUUCCUGCUUUAAAUGAGUUUCUUCUGUAAGUCUGAACUUUUUUUAAUGGCGUACAGCUGAUCUGAACGAAGUGGAUAUAAACUUUUAAAAAGGGGUUGUUACUUUGAACGAUUGUGAUCGAAUCGAAAUGGCUGACCUUUUUAAAUCCUUAAUGUUCGGCGUGCGUAUGAAACACACCAAAGCAGCGUGGACUCAUUUUACGACGAGCCGACGUUUAAUUGAAGCGCGCGUUAUCCGAUGGAAGUGCUCGACGUUGACGUUUAUUAAGAAGAAGGAAAAGCGGAGCACGCGAUGCGUAUACGAUGCGUAUAAUCUGCGAAGCGGACGUGGGAAUGAAAAAACGAAAAUGACGUACUCGUAAAUCCUACAUCCGAGACUACGAGGACUACAAGGCUUUGUUUUUUUUCUUUCUCGUCCGUGUGCGAGUGCAAAUAAAUGCCUUUAUAUGAGUUAUGAAGUUAGGAAAACCCACCAACUUGUUACACGCGGUCAGAUAUUUCCAUAGGACCCAUGUGGCUUUCUACGCUUCCCCGAAAACGGAAAAAUAAAUCAAUAAAGUACUCCGAGUACUGAGGGAUAUUAAACCGAGGCCUGAGUAAUGCGUGUGGAAUCCGUGGCAAAAAAAGAAAUAAUCCUUUGAACCUGCAUACAUCAAAAACACGGAUGGUCGGAGACGGACACGGAGACAGGGAGAGAGACUGUUUUGUCUGCAAAAUUUUCAAUAUGCCCCGAAGUGGAUUUCAUAUUCUAUUUUCAGAUCCAGCCGUGCAAAAGCUGCGUGCUCAGACCUUGGCUGACCGUCGGCUCUGUCUCGUAGAGAUCGACCGGCUCGCACGUUCUAUUGAUAUCCUAUCAGAGCCGGGGGACGGUGGGGAGCGAUGUCUGUCUGUCAGGGGGAAAAAAACAAACAAAAAAAACACACCAAGCGCCAAACUGACAGGAAAUGAACUCCGCCAGCCAAAACACACCACGCUGUUUAAUGUUUAGUUGUUUUAUUAUUGUUUUUUUGUUUGUUUAUCUUUUAACACUUUCUUGAUGGUGCUGAAGGUUUUUUUUUCCCCCCCUCACCUUUUCUCACAAACGUCUGUUGGAAUGUUUUAUUUCUCUCCGCUGUGAUAAACAAUCCGUCACCAGAACCCGUCUUCCCGGCGGCUUGAAGGUCACAGGAGUUGCAGCCUGGCCUCACAGCCGCCACCAUGGGAAAAACAAGCUCUCUCUCUCUCUCGCCCUCUCUCUCUCUCUCACUGUCUGACUGCCAUGUCAGCGUUUUCAUUAACGUAGUUAUGGAGGGCGCCUUCCAUUUUUCCAAAACACGCUCAGACACCGAGACUCUGAUUACAAUCUCUCUGCUGUGGUAAUCAUUUUCAAAUAUGAUUACUCUCUCUUUUUUCUGUCUCGUUCUCUCUCUCUCUCUCUCUCUCUCUCUCUCUCUCUGCCUCUCUGUCAGGACACUCUGAACCACGGACGGCUUGUCUGAGCACAGGGGACAAUAAAUAAAUAAAUAAAUAAAUAAAUAAAUAAAUAAAUAAAAGAUGCUUGGUGUUCAGAGAUUAAAAACGGCUAUUAUUACUGUUGUCAGUUAUUUCCAAGGCCUUAAUAAAUGACACCAAAAGGCUUUUGAGGCAUCCUUUUCUGCUGGGGUUUUAUUUUAUGUUUUUUUUUUUUUGUAUUAUUAUUAUUGAACUUUUUAAUUAUUAUUCUAUUUUUAUUUUGUACUUUUUUUUAUUUAUUUGUUUAUUUGCUAGAGAUUUUUUUUUAUUCUUCUAUUUCUGUUAUUUGUUCGUUACUAAAUUAUGAUUUUGAAUUAUUAUUACUACGUUUUCAUCAUUUGACAUUUAUUUAUUAUCUGUAAUGUUUAUUUUAUUUUUAUUAGUGAUUUUAUAAAUCAAUAAACUAAUGAACUUUUUGCAAUUUUGUCAGGAUAUCAAACAAAGCAAAUGUUCACGUACUUUUACCACUUACAGAUGUGUAAUAUCGGGUCAUUUUCCUUAAUAAAUAAAUGACUAAGUGUAA